CUCUUAGUCAAGUUUCGCUCCAGAUUGAAAAGUGUUUGCUUACUUGCGUAUUUCAAAGAAAUAUUUUCUGCUUGAUGAUUUUGCGUACUCGGGUGAAGUGACUUUUGGCGCGACAUGUGCAAAUCGAACACGAACACAGCGUUCAAACUAGUAAGCGAGGAGAAAAAGUGAAGAGGGAAAAAACGCAAACAAGAAAAUUGCGGAGAGAAAUAAAAGAAUAUUACCAAAGUUUUUUAAUUUUUGCGUGUUUUCUGAUGGCUCUUGAAUUAAGUUUAUAGAAAAACAGUGCAGUUUUGUUCACAUGCUUUUGUUUACGCGUGUUAAAAUCAUUUUUUAUUACGGUGGCCGCUCUUAAUAAACGUCACCUUUUGGUUUUUGGUUUUUCUUACGAGCAAGAAAACCUGACGUAAUAACUUGACGACUUAUUUAGACACACAUGCAUUUAAAACGAAAUAAUCUGUACUAAAUAAUUUAGAAAAUCCUUGUUUAAUAAUUUUGUUACUUACAGCUGUACAGUUCCUAAGUAUUAAAAGCAUCAUCUUUGUUGUUGACUUUGUAAAGUUAUUGUAUAAAUAUAUAUAGAAUAUGUAGAACAAUAUUAAAAAGUCGCGAUGGUUGACCAACCUCCCAUACUGAAGGAAGGCGACACAUAUGAGAAAUGGCGAGCUGAAAUUGUGUCAUGGCGUGAGCAUACAGCGAUGGAACUGAAAAGACAAGCUUUGGCUGUACGAGCAAAAUUAAGUGGGAAAGUUCGUGAAGCUGCGUUGCGUUUGGAUGCUGCUGAUUUGAAUAAAGAAAAUGGAAUGUCUUUCUUGUUGGAUAACCUGGAUCAAAUCUUCCGAAAGGAUAAAAGACGAAAAUGGGAUGUUGCGAAGAGUGAUGACUCGAAUCUAAGCGCAACAGAGAGAGCAAGACAACGAGCAGCCAAACUGUCUGCCAAACUAGCUGCAGAAGGGAAGUAUCAAACACAACCCAUGUCUUUGUUGCCACAGGCAAUAUCAAACCCUGUUGAUCAGUUUAUCAAAAAUAAAACCACUGGAUUUUCAACUGCGUCGAAUCAAGCUGCUACUAUGCCUACAGUAAAAAAGCUGCAAAAUGGAGGCUACUUUGCGGAGAUGGACGUAAAUGAUAUUCCUGAGAGACAGUUUGUAACAGACCCUUCACUACUUGAACGCGUAAGCAAGCAAUGUGGUGCUGCAGUGACUCUACGUGGCAAACAACUUUCCACUGAAGACAAAAGAAGAAGCAUCAUAUCAGGAAUAGCUCAAAAACCUUUAAGCAUUAUGAUUCACGCGGAUGUUGCUGCGAAAGUUCAAGUUGCGCUGCACAAGUUUAUGGAUCUUAUUACGAACUGUAAGAAGUUCGGACCUAAUUUCACUAGCAACAAUCAACCCUCUGCGAAUUAUUACGUACAAGAUAAAAUAUUCGUGGGUUUAGAUGACGCCCAUCCUGAUUUUAAUGUUAAUUACUCACUUGGGGGAGACAAAGGUACAAACUUCGGUUUUAUCAUGCAACAAUCCGGUGGUAAAGUGUUCCUGCGUGGUAAACGUUCAGGGUAUUUAGAGCCCAACUCUGGUCGGGAAUCUUUUGAAGCUCUUCAUAUUUACGUUAGUCAUCCUCACCAGGACGGUUUAGACUUGGCUCGCCAACUUUGUGAAAAUCUGAUCGACACAGUACACCAACAGUAUCAAAGUUGGCUGCAGAGAAAACGCAAUGAAGAACAACGCGAGUACCUUUAUUCACCAUCACAAAACAUCCAUGAAGAACAAUAUGACUUCAAUGCUGGUCAAAUUGAGCAUGUUAAGAUGGCAUCAACUAAAAAUCAAUCUUUUUCAUCUGCAAGUCGGUAUGAAUUAACGACAGAUGAAAGUAGGCGGUUGGAGGUCCCAGCGACAAAAGAGGAGUACAUUUAUCCCCCCAGAGAAGAUAUUAUGAAAAGACGACACGACAGCAAUACUGUUGAAAGAAACCAUACAGAUAUAGCAAGACCAAACCGUACGCACGCUCACUCUGCAAAAGAUAAUAUUAAUGAAGAACUGCACGCCUGGAGUUCUGAUCGAAAUCAUCAGUCUGCUACGAAGUAUGACGAUCGAGUUCAUGGAAAUACAGAUCAGCGUGAACGUAGAAACAACCACACAAAACGUGAUAGAUUUCGUGAUGACACGAGAGAAAUGAAGGAAACACCAACUGCGAAAAAAAGCGAUGCUAGCAGACGUCGUUAUCGACCUUAUGACGACAAAUGUAACGAGCGUGAUAUCAGCAAAUAUGAAGGGAAGACAAAAGAAGAGCCGAGAAAGAAAAGAAAAUUUAGUGAGGAUCCUAAACUUAUGGAAAUACGAGGCGACAGAAAUUUGCGUGAAGACUCUUUAUAUGAACCGAAGGCGGAAGAUGUUAAGCCGCUAAGCGAUGCAUUUUUGCCUCCCCCACCCGUCCCUCCUUUAUUUAAUAAAAAACAUGGAAGAGAUAUUCGAAAAGAUCGAGCGCAUUCAGAUUUAUUCAAAGCACCAAAGCCACUGACUAUUAAGAAAUCAACUUCAGGAGCAUUAAAGAUGGGAGCGUUGAGUUCACUUACAGCGUACGAUGGAGACUCAGAUGAAGACUAAACGUGAUAAUUACCGGCAUUGGUGUUCCUCGAAUAAAAACCAGGGUGGCUCCACCAAAGAACUAAUAUACGAAUUAAUAUCCCAUGUUAAUUUAGUAUAUAGUGAAAAUCAAAAAAUUAGAAAGAACAAUUGGACAAGAAAUGCGUUGCGAUAAUUGAUGUAAUUUGUAAGUGAAAGAAGAUUUUUACGAAACGAACCCACCCUUUGACUCUGUUUGAUUGUUUGUUUGAAAAGACUAUGAGUUUUUUUGCCGUGGAAAUAAAUUUAAGGACACCGUGAUGAUUAAA